AUGAGGAAAACGUUAAUGUCUAAAGUACCGUUUUUUUUUAGUGUGUGUACUUUUUUUAUUCCUUUGUACAAAACCAUUAAGGGAACACAGUCGUACGACAUAAACAAGGUUUCUUCAUAUGAUUAUGAGAUAUUAAAUAAGAACCAAACAUUCUUGUGGAAUGGGGAAAAUGAGAAAAUACACGAAUUCUUAGGCUACGAAUUAAAUAAUGUAUGUUCUUGUCUUGUAGGUGAUUGUAACUCCUCUUCCCUUUUAUAUACAAGUGACAAAACCAGGAAACAGAUAAACAAGGGAGAUAUAUACAAAUUUGAAGAGUUAUGUUUUCUUCUGAGAAGUAGCAUACCCUUUAAAAUUACACAAAAAAGUGGGAUAAAACAAAAAGGGAAUAAAAAUUAUAUCACAGUUAGGGAAAGCAUAAAAAAUAAAUCCAACUCUGUAAAUUUUGUGGAAGAAAAGAUAAAGAAAAAUGUAGCACCAAGUUACCCGUGGUAUGCAGAAAAAAAUAAAAACCAUUUUGCUUAUCAAGAGGAAAUAAAGAAAAUACAGAGUUGGACAAGAAAAAGCAGAAUAUUAGUUGAGGCAUGUACAUUAAAUUGCGGAAGUGGAGGUGUGUGUGAAAUGGAAGGGGGAAUGCAAUACUGUAAGUGCAAUGUAGGUUAUUCAAUGGAUAUAAAUGAUAACUUAAUGUGUAAAAAACAUUGUGAAGUAAAUAAUGGAGGGUGUGACCCAAAUGCAGAAUGCAUACCUGUUAGUCCUGAAAAUGAAGUAGAACAAGGAGUUAUAAAAAAUGUUGGUGUUCUUUGCAAAUGUAAAAAUGGUAACGGAAGAUUUAUGGGCUAUUACUGUAGUUCUGGUUAUUUCACCUAUUUUAGCUUCUUGUUGCUUCUUCCGUUCCUUCUGUAUUGGUAUUAG